AUGAUAUCCGGCCGUCCCGCAGCUGUCGACCUCGAUGUCAAGCCCGCGCUCCUUCGCGGCGGCUCGCAGGACGGCUUCGCCCAUGGGAGAGCGGCAGAUAUUGCCCAGACACACGACGAGCACUUUCGCGACGGGUUCUUUGCUGCCGAUCGAUUGUCGACGCGUCAAUUAUCGGUGUCCAAACUAGUCCCCGAUAGCUCGACGUUGCCAUCUUGUCGACUGCGAACCGCCAUGCCUUCGCCACCCAUCGAACUCUUUCUCACUACAAUCGCGUCGCAGCCUGUCUUGCGACAACGUCAAGACUACAUACUUCGGACGCUUCAGGUCAAGAAGAUCCCGUAUACCUCCUACGACCUUGCAUCAGACGAGAAUGCAAAGCGAAGAUGGAGGCGAAAGGCACCUGCAGACAAACAACAGCUUCCCGGCAUGCUAGUAGGCGGCAAAUUCCCUGGACUCCCCUCCAGCCGUUCUCGGAGUUGUCAGUCUUCCCAUCUCUCAUCUACCCGUGCAUUAUCCCGCAUUCACACUUUGGUCAGUGAAGAAGCAGUCGAAUACGACGAACUCGACAUUUUCCUGCGGCUGAAGGAGUCCUGGGACCCCGACCUCGAUGGAGACGGUCCGGCCCUUGCCGCCGGACCUGUGGGUGUGCCAGGGGCGUACACCCCGCUUGAGAUGACGCCCGAGCCUCAGCGGUCGAAGAUCAUCGCCGCGCAGCAUCCCCCGUCUCCGCUCAAGGGCAAGAAACCGAUCCCGAUCAACAAGCGCGACGAUCUGUUCGACGUGAGCACCGAGCUGGAUGGAUUCGGGCUGCAAGGUGUACAUGUGUCCGAGAAAGAGUUGGCAGAUCUCGUCGCCGAACUUGGCUUGGACGGAGAUGAGGCUGGGGAUCUGGUCAAAGGGCUAAGUGGUGCACCUGCCAGUAAUUCCAGCACAGACAAGUUGAAACCAAAGGAGUCGGCGCCAGUCGAGCUCGCGAAGCCCGACACAAAGCCUGCCGAGGCGAAAGAGACGAUUUCUGAAGAACAAGCUGAGGACAAAGCAACGAUCCCCGCUGUACAAGCCAAAGAUUCGAACACAGCAUCCGUUGGAGAGAGCAAACCUUCGCAGUCGGUCACCGAAGAAAAAGCAGAACCAAAAGAAUGA